AUGGCCACGAAGAGCCUUGACUUUGCGGCGGACAAAGGUGAGUCGCCCGCCGAUCUCCGUUCCGUGGAUCUCUUCGCUGUACGGCUAUUUGGCAUUGAUCUCGCCGCUUUCCCUCGCUGUCUGUCUCUUCCUCAUCUUAUCUGUGUGUGAAUCUCUCUCCCAGCCCUCGCCAGGGAUUUCCUCAAAAACUUCGCCGACGCGCAUGGGGAACCGAAGUACCUCAAAAUUCUCGUGAGCACUACAGUUUGCCCCCAAUAUGCCUAUUUUAUUGCUUCUCACGAAUCAGCCGAAUGGUUAAUCAGAUCCCCGCGUGCUUCUUUUGAACAGCAAGAUGUUGCCAACCGCAGGGUUCGAUCCGUCCAGAUCGAACUUGACGAUCUCUUCAAUGUGAGCCUAAUCUAUUCUCUCUAGUACAAUGCGCACUAGUGCAUUUUUAGAUUCGAAAUUGACGCUAUCGUAUGGUGAUUUUUUGGUUCCCCGCAGUAUAAGGAUUUGGACGAGGAGUUUUUGCAGCGAGUUACCGAGAACACACGGCGCUAUAUGAGCAUAUUUUCAUCAGUCAUUGAUGAGCUCAUUCCUCCUCCGACGGAGGCGUUGCCAGCGGAUGAGGACCAUGACAUCUUGAUGACUCAGAGAUCGGAGGAUGGGAUGGACAGUGCUGAAAACUCAGACCCGCUGCAGCGGAUGCCACCUGAGAUCAACCGAUUCUUGUAAGAUAUUGGCUCCUGAUCUGAUAUUUACCCUAAUACAUGACGUUUCCUCGAGUUUUCUAUUUGAGUUUUACUAUUGAGGUUUCCAGGUGUUUACUAGACUGGUUCAGAGAUUCUUUCUUUGCCCUAUUCUCCUAGACCGUUCUUUACCGCAAGAUUCCAAGUUAUCCUGUUCCACUUAUGUUCUUAGUUUAGUGCGGUGCUUUGUGUUGCACACUUUCUAUAUCGUUUUGUUUUGCAUUUAAUCUUGUUUCCAUCAGUAAGCAAGCCUUUCUAUUUUGCCGGAUGGUUUUUAAUAUUUUAUAAGUAAAUAAACUCCAAAUUGAUCCCGAUGGAAACUAUUAUCCUGUUCUUGAUGAUGACACCAAUAGGGAUGUUGAAUUCAUCUAUUUCUAGUGCAUUUCUGUGUUAUAUUUUGUAUCACUCCGCUUAUGUUUGUGUUGCAUUGAAUUCCUCUGUCUAUACAUUGGCGUAUUUGCACUGUAGAAGUUUAGUUUCAACACGACCUUAGAUUUUCUAAGGAUCGUUGAGAGCAAAGAAAAUGUUUGACCGCGAAGCAUAUUCAGCUCUUGUGUAAAGAUUUUUUUUCUUUGAUUGUUUGGUUUGCAGGGUAAAAUUACCUGCUGGUUUCGCCUACCUUUCUUGUUCAUGUUUAGUUGUUUUAGUGAGCAAAUUAUUCUUCCAAGCCUGCGCAAUGGUUAGAUAUAUUGUCAGUCUAAUUCCCACGCUAAACUUGUCCCUGGUUAAGUGGCAACAGUUUCAAUUCUUCCAGCUCCUGUUCAUUGCUGCUCUGGAUCCUUCUGGACCCUUUCCAUGGAUUGAGUGCUCAGGAUUAUGGUUUUAGUAGUAUCAAUAACUUUAUCUUUUUGUUCUUUGUUUGGUCUAGCCUGAGAAUCUAUUAGUAGUACCAAUAGAGCCUCUGAUAAAUUCCCGCUGUUCGUCUUUUCUCAAGCGAAGCAGCGUAUUAAAAGCUGUAGAUUGUGCCUGACUUUCCUCCAAACAAAUGUGAUUGCUCUUUUUUCUCGUUUUUUGAUGGAGGUGAAUUUGGGCUCUCCAAAAACUAAUUUAUUUGUUUUCGUUCAUGUUUUAACCCAUCAAACCUGUCUGUGUAUCAGGUAAUCUCUCCUGUACAGUAAUGGGUUUGUAAUUUUUUUAAAAAAUGAAUAAUCUUGUUCUAACUAAGAUGUUCAUGGCGUGGUCUAGCAUUUGAUUUCCUGUUUUCAUUGCACACCACUCAAUGGUGUUAUUAAUAACGCAAGCAAUGGCAUUGAGAACAUAAAACUAUUUCUACUAAUUAAUAUUAUGCUAAUUGCCAUCAUUUUCCGCGCUUCUUAUUAACAUUAAUCUUUGAUGGGCUCGCUUCCGUUUUUGUUUUUCAGUGAAGUCUACAUAAAAGCGUUUUCAAAGGGAGCACCACUCACCAUACGACAGGUUAAGGCUUUCCACAUUGGUCAGCUUGUGAAACUGUCAGGGAUAGUAACACGCUGCUCAGAUGUUAAGCCAUUGAUGCAAGUUGCUGUUUAUACUUGUGAAGAUUGUGGAUUUGAAAUAUAUCAGGUGCCAAUCAGUUCCUUUUCCUAUUUACCAGUGGUACAAUUGUUGAGAUCAACAACUACUGUUUUCUGCCAAUGAUAUUUUUUAAAAUCCUUAGUUGGCAGUUUAUCAGGUAUUUUUGUUUAACGGCACUAGUUUCCCUUGCAAUCUCAUACACGCGGGACCGCCACCAUUCUUGUUCUCUUUUUCGUAUCUACAACCUUAUCAGACCUUUCCUAUCAUGGACAGCCUCAUGUUAUGCGUCCUUUCUCUAAUUAUAUAUCUUUUUUCGCUGGCAAACGUUACAGGAAGUAACUUCUCGAGUAUUCAUGCCCCUCUUUGAAUGCCCAUCAAAGCGGUGCAAAUUGAAUAAAGCCAAGGGAAAUCUUAUCUUGCAGCUCAGAGCUUCAAAGUUUCUGAAGUUUCAAGAGGUAAUUUAUUUCUUCGUGAAGAGGACCUUAAAAUUCAUUACUUGGUUUUAUUUAAGGUAUGAUAAAUUGGAACGGCUUGCAUAGAGGUUAAAUCUUUUAUGAGAAAGUGCGUAUUUAUGUUGUAGAUAAUGAGGUACCUUUCCUGAAUUACUGAGAAUUAUUGUGCCAUUUUCAGUAAGUAUUAAAUAUAUAUAUCUUUCUCAGUAGAAUACCAGUCUGCGUUUAUAAUCCAAUUGCCUGAUAUUGAUACUAUGGAAUUUCCAACAAAGUCAAACAGGAAUAAUAAUUUUCCUUACGUAGGCGCUGGUGGUUUUUGUGGUCCUAGUGCCAAGACUAGGGUCUUAUCAUCAGGUAACUAAAAUUCCCUUCAUUGAUAUGGGACUAACUGCUGGCAUGAAUCAGACUCCUAUUCCUGUUAUCAAUUAUGCACUGGAACUUCUAGAACUGAGGAACGCGUGGAAUUACUGUAUAAAGUAAAUUUUCUACGUUUCUAAAAAAGUAUCAUAUUGCAUUUUCCCUUGAGCAAUGCUUUACCUUAUUGCUAUUGGGUGCCCGCUUGAAAAUCAUUUCACAGCCGUCAAUCUGACCUAUUUAAAGAAUGUUAAACGACAAGAAAACUUCAAUUUUUUGUAUUAAUAAAUUAUAAAAAGAGGAGCGCACAUUGUUUUUGAGAAAGAACGUCUAUUUAAAAGUGUGUUUACCCCAAUUUUAACGUUUUUGGCUCAUCUUCCUUUACCUCUUUUUCUUCUCAUACCAUCUCAGAACAGACGGAAGUCAAAUUGAACAACCAUUUCGUUUGGUAAGAGAUGAUAAUGAUCUGCAUCUUCAUCUCAGCUGUUAUUUGUGGCUAUUGUGUAGCGGAAUGCCUCCGUUUAACGGACUGUGAUCAUAAGUGCACUAAUUGUGUAAUACCGCCCAGAGUCAGAGCAUGAAGCAAUGCCAUGCACAGUGUUCAAAAGGUCUUUUGAUAAAUGUGAAUUUAUUUAAAAGGUCGUGUGAAGUUGCACACAACCCUUAAAAGAAUCAUGUAUGUCAAAAGCACAACCAUUUGAAAAACAUGGAAGUGUUUGUAUCUAUAAAUAUUCCCUUUUCAGUGCAGCCCUGCUGUAUCACCAAAAUCGAUGAGAAUUAAGGUUGUAAUACCAUAAGCAAAGGGACACUGAGAGUAUUUAAUGGAUGCGAAUUCCACAAUGUUUUUCACUUGCUGGAAGUAGAAUUCUCUUAGCAGACGAUAAUGAAAUUCAAUGAGUCUCACACUUCCCACUGGAAUAGAAUAGUAUGCAAGCGCAUUCAUUUAAUUGUGAAGCUUUCCCGCAAGAAAUGGCCCCUCUGAAGAAAGAUGCCAGUUCCAGUUGUAACAAUAACAAUAGGAGUAGCAUUGGGAAUUAAGAGCGUACACCUCAUUCAUCAAAGAAACAUGCAUUAGUGGUGACUAUUUCAAAGUGUAAUUGGGCUUGUUAGACCGUUUCCUACUGCAGUGACUACAAUUUCUUGCAGUACCUUGUUCCUUUAAUAUGCUAUUAUAUAUCGUUCACCUUGUACAUGCUUUUUUUUUAAAUUUAUUUACAGGCUAAGAUACAAGAACUAGCAGAGCAUGUUCCUAAGGGCCAUAUUCCACGUUCAAUGACAAUUCAUCUGAGAGGAGAUCUCACGAGGAAGGUGUGCCCUCAUUUUCAGAGUUUGUUAGUGUCCAAGAGAAAUUAUUCUUUCUAAAUAUAGUUGACAUUUUACCAUUUUUUUUUUUGUCGUGGGAUUUCAUCAGGUUGCACCAGGCGAUGUUGUUGAAUUCUCUGGCAUUUUCCUCCCAAUUCCAUACUUUGGCUUCAGGGCAAUGCGUGCAGGCUUGGUUGCAGAUACAUUUUUGGAGGCCAUGUCUGUCACCCAUUUCAAGAAAAAAUACGAAGAGUAAGUCAUGAUGUUAAAUGAUUGCUGUCUCUAACGAUCAAAAGGAAUACCUCGGUCUGAAAUCUCUUGGCUCUGAAACUGUAUCUAGCAACCACCAAUGAAAAUUAUCGUUAGACACAUUGGUGAUAUUGUUAGUUUAGUCAACAAUUUCUUGCCCUGUCGGCUAGAUCAUCUAGUUAGCUUCUGAGUGAAGCGUCAUCUUUGCAUGAAGCUUAGCUUACAAUUCCUCUAACGUGGAAAUGGAUGAACUACAUUCCCGACGAAAUCAGAUCCUUAACUCGCAUAAUGACUAUCUUUAAUUUACCCUACGUACAGGUACGAGCUGAAAGGUGAUGAACAGGAACAGAUUGAACGUCUGGCUGAGGAUGGAGACAUAUACAACAAGUUAGCUCGGUCACUAGCUCCUGAAAUAUUUGGACAUGACGAUGUAAAAAAGGCCCUACUUCUUCUCCUCGUUGGUGCUCCUCACCGGAAACUGAAAGAUGGUAUGAAGGUAAUAAAUCUUUGAACGGUUAGUCACAGUGCUAGCCAUCAUAGAAUAUCUCCAUUAUCACAAAGCCUUGCCCCCUUCGAGUCACCUGAUCACACAUGAUGGGUGCUUUCUAAUACUUACUGUGUUCAUCUAACGGGCUUCUGACUGAGAUAUUGGCUCUCAGAAGGCUCUGAGCUAUUUUGGUCAUUGAAUUUGGUAUUUAACUAGGAAAAAAAUUCUAGUUAGAAUUGUACUUCGGUUCAGAAUAAACUUGGAAGAUUAAAGUUGGGCGAUUGUGUUUGACGUAUUUUCUUUCUGCGGAGAUUUGAAUAUAAUUAGCUCGAGUGUGUCUUUUAACGUUUGGAUCUGCUAUUACAAAUCAAAAAGCUAGAUUCCCUGAGGAUUUUCUCGGCAACUACUUAAGAUAAUUAGCCGACGGUUUAUGAAUACAGAAAAAUUCCGUCUACCCUAGAACUUCUAGUUGAUUUUUGGACUGUUUUCGAAAUUUGCACUACUUUCAUUGUCUUUCUUUCGCUUGUCACAAAUGCAUCUCAUGGACCUACAAUAGAGGAUCGUAAGAGUAAAGGCAUCUAUUAACUUUGGCCUUGCGAAUUUUUGUACAUGCCUCCGAGACAGAGACGGUUAAAUCAUUUUUCUCUUAAAGCUAAUGCUCUGGUUAAUAUUUUUCUUGAAAUAGUUACGCAAAAUGGUGUUUUUUAUUUUUCAUUUUUUGCCUGCAGAUUAGAGGAGACUUGCAUAUUUGUUUGAUGGGAGAUCCUGGAGUUGCCAAGAGUCAGCUUCUCAAACAUAUAAUCAAUGUAGCACCGAGGGGGAUCUACACAACAGGCAAAGGGAGCAGCGGGGUUGGUUUAACAGCAGCCGUCCAGAGAGAUCCUGUCACAAACGAGAUGGUUCUCGAAGGAGGAGCUCUGGUUAUACUCACCUCUCUACAUUUUGAUUUAAUUGAAUAUCCAUGGAAAAUAUUAUCCUGGAGACGAUUGACAGUCACAGUUUUUCUUCCGUGAAAUCCUUCACGUUUGCUUAUGUUUACGGGCAUGUUUGUCUGAAACUCAUAUAAUUAUACAUUUCCUACGAAACGGUUCAUAUCAUGUAGAUUUCCUAUCGAGAUAGGAUUCUAAUUCUUUGGCAUUUUUAGAUUUCACGGUACUUACGCUAUGCAACUGUUGCUAAAACUCUUGGGUUAAGACUUGAAAAUUUCUGUGAUAGGUGCUGGCAGAUAUGGGUAUCUGUGCAAUCGACGAGUUCGACAAAAUGGAAGAAUCAGAUAAGACUGCAAUACACGAAGUAAUGGAGCAGCAGACAGUGAGCAUAGCUAAGGCUGGAAUUACCACAUCUCUGAACGCAAGAACUGCUAUCCUUGCUGCUGCAAAUCCUGCUUGGUAUUAAUUGAAAAUUAUGUUUUUAAUAUUGUGUUUUCCCUUGUCUGACAGUAUUUAUCUUCAUUAUUAUUCUUCAGGGGACGUUAUGAUCUUCGAAGAACUCCUGCAGAGAACAUCAACCUUCCACCGGCACUUUUAUCACGUUUUGACCUACUAUGGCUAAUCCUAGAUCGUGCGGACAUGGAUAGUGACCUUGAAUUGGCGAGGCAUGUUGUUUAUGUGCACCAGAAUCUCGAGUCUCCUGCAUUGGGAUUCGCACCACUAGAACCAUCUGUUCUUCGGUAAUACCUCACUCCACCUUCCUAAUGUUCUAUAAUUUUAGCUACUGUCGACAUGACUGAGUUCCAAAAAGACAAAAUCUAUCUUCAGUUGCCUUCUCCCAGAAGGCAUUUAUUCAAGUGUUGAUGUUGAGGAUUUCGGACGUUAUUUGAUUUAUGUGAUAUUUCCUGUGGAUGACAUCCAUCAUCCUCGACAUUGACGGCAUAGUUUCUUAACUUCCUAUCCAGAGCAUACAUCUCCGCUGCAAGAAGGAUUUCUCCUUCCGUCCCACGAGAUCUGGAGGAGUAUGUUGUCACCGCAUACGCCAGCAUCAGGCAGGAUGAGGCCAAAUCCAACGCGCCUCAUUCUUACACGACCAUCAGGACGCUGCUCAGCAUUCUCCGGAUAUCCAUUGUGAGUCUUCUCCCCUCAGUAGCUUUGGCUCCUCAUCCUCAGGUAGCAAAAUAUUAAUCUCGAGGUCCACGGGUUGACCAAGUUCGUUAAUCGAUCGACUGGUGGCAGGCCCUGGCGAGGCUACGGUUCUCAGAAACCGUGGCGCAGAGCGACGUUGACGAGGCCCUGAGGUUAAUGCAGAUGUCGAAGUUCUCACUGUACUCGGACGACCGCCAGAGAUCAGGUUUAGACGCGAUUUCUGAUAUCUACUCUAUUCUGAGAGACGAAGCUGCGAGGACGACCGACGCGGAUAUCAGCUAUGCUCACGCCCUGAACUGGAUUUCACGGAAGGUAAACCACAUUCCCUGUGAAUUCGUGCUUUCGCCGCUUCACCGAGAGAAAACUAAUCAUUCCCCUUGCACUGGCGCAUCCUGAUCGCAACAGGGCUACAGCGAAGGCCAGCUGAAGGAGUGCUUGGAGGAGUAUGCCGCCUUGAAUAUUUGGCAGAUCCAUCCCGACACCUUCGACAUCCGCUUCAUCGAUGCGUGA